AUGAAGAAACAUGUUAAUGACGAUGAAGAUGAGAAACAAAACUCGGAUUGGACCAAGUUUAUUCCAUUUAUGCUUCGGGUACAACAAUUUUUUCACAACGAAAAUGUUCGUAAUUUCGUGGUUGUACCCCAGACAAACUUGGGAAUUGCCCACGUGUUGUACACAAACACUGGCCUUGUUGAUCUAAAAAAAGGCGUAGAACACGAUAAAUGCCAAUAUUUGAUGGAUGAAAUGAACAGUCGUCGAGGAAUUUCAUCGGUACAAAGAAAAGCUCAAAUUCAACGUGUAAAAACUGAACGAGAUGAUGAAAUUCGACGUUUCUUGCAAAUUGAAGGCAAGGAAGCUCGAUGGCGCGAUAUUUUCGAUUUCUCGAAAGUCGAACGAGGCAAAGAGGAUUCGUUUGGAGAAUCAAUCAGCUCCAACGGCGUCGACAUUUCGAUUCACUUUAACGUUCCAAAAGUGAAACAACAACCGCCUGCGAACGACGAGGAAAAUACGAUGCCCGUAAACCAAAAGUACAGAAUGUUUUACGGAUUCGAUCCAGGGAAGAAAGCAACAUUUGACGGCGUUCGACGUACCGGCACUCCACAGCCAUCAUCGACCAACAAGCAGAAGGACCAGCAUAUUUACGUAAAAAGUAAAAGUUUUCGUUGGCAAAUGGACGAGUAUCGGCGUAAGGAGAAAAUGAAACAACUUGAUCUCGAUCUUCAAAGUUACUUCAAGCAGUACGUACGAGAUUUUCCGACGAUGGAAAAUUUUACGUGGACAAAUCCAGCAGAUUACGCGCGUAUCGUUCGAUACAAGUUGCACUUGAUGGAUCGUUUUCAAGUGGUGCACGAGAAGAAAAAUGUCGUGAGACUUAAAAUGGACAAGUACAUGUCACAACAGCGCGAAUGUGACAAAUUCGUCAAUUUUAUGAUUGGCGAUACGAAGAAGAAGCAUUGCUUGGUCGCAAUGGGCAAUGCUUCUUUACCAAAUUUCACGAAAGGAUACGUCGGCAGUCCAAUGGCACGAUUAAAAAAAUCGUUCUUCAAUCGUUCGAAUCAACUUGGGAAGAGACUCUUGAAGAUCGUCAAUGUGAAGGAGCCGUACACGACGCUUUCGUGCAGCACUUGCUGUGCGUUACAAUUCAAAUCAAAGUCUCCCAAUCGUUUCACUCGUUGCGAUGUUUGUCGACUCACGUGGGAACGUGACAUCAAUGCUGGGCGGAAUAUCCUCAACAUUGGCCUGAUCGACGAAGAACUCAUCGCGAAGGAUCCACCAUUCAACGAAGCACUCUUCAGAUAUCGAAACUCUCUACGAAUCGACGACGACGACGAUGAGUGAUUUCAUUACGAUGUGUGAUUGACCAAAAACCAAAAAGAAACUUUAUUCGACAUUGGCAUGGCAGCCCGGGAGGAAGUAGAAACGGAAACUUCGUUUUGCACCCUUUUCGGCGACAUGCCUUUCGAAUUCGAUCGUAGUCCAGCGUAAAAAGCGUACAGGCUUAUGUAUGUAAGCAGAAAAUUAAGGAGUACCUCUCGAUUUUGGGGGCUGACCGAGACUAGACUGUAGUCUAAAGUCAGCCCUCGUGAAUGUUUUCGAUGUGUGUGAAUGAAUUGAGAGAGCGAUUUUCGAUAUUUAUAAAAUAUUUUAUUAUAGUUUCUAUUUUGCGAUGAAAAUUUUUCAACUCGUUUAAUUUCUCAAUUUUUUAAUUUACAAAACUACUUUUUUUAAUUUAAA